AGUAACGAACGUCACUAGUGCGCAAGUACAUGAAAUAAAUUAAUCCAAAAUGGAAUAAGGCAAGAAAAGCCAGUUGGGCGGCAGCAGAAGCACGCUACUGCGGACCGUGCGUGUGAAGCGGAAGUAUCCGCGUAUUUCUAUCACCUCACUCCAGGUGGUCGCAAGGGCUAACCAUGACGCUCAUUGGCUUCCGUGCCAUCACUUCAUUUUAUGAUGGUGUUUGUUCUACCUAUUUGCAAUUUGAAUGGUUUUGUUUUUCCGAUUUUAACGCUCUGCAGUGCUUAGCUUGAGGUUCAUUUAUCACAGAAUCAUACAAAACUUAUUUUUGUGUGACUCAACAAUAACAACAACUGCUGAGGCAUAGCGUAGAACAUGGAUGAUCUGCUACAGGCUGGUCACGUUGUAAAGGAAAGAUGGAAGGUCUUAAAAAAAAUUGGAGGAGGAGGUUUCGGAGAGAUCUAUGAGGGUCAAGAUUUAAUAACACGCGAGCAAGUUGCACUUAAGGUAGAAUCCGCCCGUCAACCAAAACAAGUGCUUAAGAUGGAGGUGGCCGUUUUAAAAAAAUUACAAGGCAAAGAGCAUAUAUGCCGCUUCAUUGGCUGUGGACGAAAUGAUCGGUUUAAUUACGUAGUAAUGCAACUUCAAGGCAAAAAUUUGGCCGAACUUAGGCGCUCACAGGCACGAGGUGCCUUUUCACUCAGUACAACAUUGCGAAUUGGUCUCCAAAUAUUAAAAUCAAUUGAAUCGAUUCAUUCAGUCGGGUUUCUUCAUCGUGAUAUCAAGCCUAGUAACUUCGCCAUAGGAAGACUACCGCUCACUAGUCGUAGAAUCUACAUGUUGGACUUCGGCCUAGCUAGGCAGUACACAACCGGUACAGGUGAGGUUCGUUGUCCUCGUGCGGCUGCAGGAUUUCGCGGAACUGUAAGGUACGCUUCGUUAAAUGCGCACAAAAAUCGUGAGAUGGGCCGGCAAGACGACCUAUGGUCUUUAUUCUAUAUGCUUGUUGAGUUUGUUACCGGCCAACUUCCGUGGCGUAAAAUUAAGGAUAAAGAACAAGUGGGAAUGUUGAAAGAAAAAUAUGAUCAUCGUUUACUACUCAAGCACUUGCCUUCGGACUUCAAAUACUUUCUAGAGCACAUUCAAUCUCUUAACUACGCUGAUAAGCCUGAUUAUGCG